GACUGUCCAUUUAUUUACAAUGACUGACUCAAACCCUGAUAAGAAGCUGAUAGAAGAUGAGGGACCAAAAAAGAGUAAAAAGAAGCAAAAGAAGGAUGAUGCCUGGAGGCCAUAUGGACCCAGGGACCCAUUUGCGAUGCUGAAAACUCUACCAGAAGAAAAGCAGCAGAAGAUACAGAAGGCCCUUUACCUCUUCUCCCCGGGCACAGAUAUGCCCAAGACCUUGCAGCAGGCUAAGAGACACAAGUAUCUCUUCUGGGACACACAGCCUGUCCCCAAACUGGGUGACAGCAUUACAACUCAUGGCCCAAUAUUGCAGGGUGAAUCCAGUGUCCAUAAGGAGCCCUACUCUCUACCUCAAGGUUUUUCCUGGGAUACUCUGGACCUUAGCAGCCCUACAGUGUUGACAGAGCUGUGCACUCUACUAAAUGAGAACUAUGUGGAAGAAGAUGACAACACUAUCAGAUUUAGCUUCUCUCUGGAGUAUCUGCAGUGGGCUUUACAACUUCCUAACGGCCUGGCCCAGUGGCACUGUGGUGUGCGAGUAGAUACCAAUAAGAAGUUAGUGGGCUUCAUCGCUGCUGUUCCUGCGCGUAUUCGUGUAUAUGAGAUGGAGAAACUGAUGGCACAGGUGAAAUUCCUGUGUGUGCAUAAGAAGCUGCGUCUCAAGCGGAUGACUCCGGUUCUGAUCCGAGAGCUCACUAGACGGGUUAACCAGCAGGGCUUCUGCCAAGCUGUCUACACAGCUAGUGUAGUGCUACCCACACCACUAAGCUCCUGCAGUUACUGGCAUCGCCCUCUGAAUCUCCGAAAGCUGAUGGAGGUCAGCUACCCAGGUCUGAGACAGAACAUAAACCUGCACAGACCUCUCAAACUGAACCGUCUGUCUGAGGUGACAAAGACACCAGGUCUGCGCCCUAUGAUCAAGGAAGAUGUUGAAGGGAUACACUCACUCCUCCAGACAAACCUCUGCAAGUUUCACCUCAGCCCCAUGCUGUCACUGCAGGAAGCAGAGCAGUGGCUGUUACCACGUGAAAAUGUGAUUGACACCUAUGUGGUGGAGCAGGAUGAUGGCACACUGACAGAUGUUGUGAGUUUUUACAGCAUUUCCUCCAGGGUGCUAAAUCAUCCAGUUCACACUGGUCUGAGAGCAGCUCAUCUCUUUUACAUUGCCUCUACUGCCACAGACCCAGGGGACCUGAUGGAGGAUGCACUGGUUCUGGCAAAAUCUAAAGGCUUUGACAUCUUCUGUGCACUUGAUGUGAUGGAUAACAAGAGUUUCCUGAAGAAGCUCAAGUUCAGCAUCAGUGACAGGAGCCUUCAUUACUAUCUGUACAAUUGGACGUGUCCCACUAUGAGCCCAGACAAGGUGGGAUUGGUGUUGCCCAACUAACCUGUCACUGAGAGGCGAAGAAUGGUGAGGAUGAAUGGACCAAAGGGAUUGGCAGGACAGUGGACAUCAAACUGCAUCAUGAAUUUGGAUUUAAAAUAUAAACUGACAAAGUGCAAA